AUGUCGUCCUCCAACAAACGCCAGUCCGUCCUCCCACGGAUGCCCGCCGGCCCCAAGGCGCCCGUCAACUUCUCCUCAUCGAUCACGAUUGCCGACUCGGCGCUGCUGGCUGGUAAGCACACCAUCAACAUCGGCUCGGAAUCUGUCGUACACCCGCGCGCGCGACUCGACUCGGCGCUCGGCCGCAUCACCAUUGGCCGACGGUGCGUCGUGCACGAGCGGACGAGUCUCGGCGCUGCGCCCGCUUCCGCGCCCGCUUCAGAUCCCACGAUACUGAAUACCCAAGGUGGCGUGACGAUUGGCGACUACGCGACUCUGGAGGUAGGGGCUGUUGUCGAGGCGGGCGGGACUGUCGUUGGAGAGGGCUGUGUGGUGGGCAUUGGGUGCCGGAUCGGGAGCGGCGCAAAGCUGGGGAAGCACUGCACACUGACGCCCCUGAGCGAAAUACAACCCGGAGAGGAGGUGCCGGACUUCACUGUCGUCUAUUCUAACGGUACGAGGCGACUCGACCGGCGCGGAAUCACAGAGUUGAAACAUAAGGCGCAGGCGCGCCAGAUAGAAGUCUUGAAGAGGUUGAUACCCAGUAAUCCGACCAAGUUUCAAUGA